GGGGUCGGUGGCUGCUGGGCUGGCGGGGCGCGGGCCGCGGGACCCGAGCCCGGGGGAGCGAGAGAGCGGAGGCGCCGAGGAUCCGAUUCAUUCGCUGGGGAGACCUAUGGGCCGAAGCCGUGUAAAUGCGUUUUAAGGGGCCUCGGCUCCGCAACUGCCACUCCUCCUCGGGGUGUUGCACAAGUUUCGAGGUCACCGGCGACCCCCCCUAGCAGCGCUCCUGGCUCUGGCCCCCGCGAAGGAGGACGGAGUUUGUGUGUUGCAUACUUUCUAAGGCGGCGGCUGCAGCAGCGGCUCCAUCCAGCCCGUCAGCUCCUCCUGCAAGGCAUGGCUGGCUACCUGAGUGAAUCGGACUUUGUGAUGGUGGAGGAGGGCUUCAGUACCCGAGACCUGCUGAAGGAACUCACUCUGGGGGCCUCACAGGCCACCACGGACGAGGUAGCUGCCUUCUUCGUGGCUGACCUGGGUGCCAUAGUGAGGAAGCACUUUUGCUUUCUGAAGUGCCUGCCACGAGUCCAGCCCUUUUACACUGUCAAGUGCAACAGCAGCCCAGGUGUGCUAAAGGUUCUGGCCCAGCUGGGGCUGGGCUUUAGCUGUGCCAACAAGGCAGAGAUGGAGUUGGUCCAGCAUAUUGGAAUCCCUGCCAGUAAGAUCAUCUGCGCCAACCCCUGUAAGCAAAUUGCACAGAUCAAAUAUGCUGCCAAGCAUGGGAUCCAGCUGCUGAGCUUUGACAAUGAGAUGGAGCUGGCAAAGGUGGUAAAGAGCCACCCCAGUGCCAAGGUUUGUCCAGCAGAGGGGCACUGUGUGUCUCAUCAGGAUGGUUCUGUGCAUUGCUACUGAUGACUCCCACUCCCUGAGCUGCCUGAGCCUAAAGUUUGGAGUGUCACUGAAAUCCUGCAGACACCUGCUUGAAAAUGCGAAGAAGAACCAUGCGGAGGUGGUGGGUGUGAGUUUUCACAUUGGCAGUGGCUGUCCUGACCCUCAGGCCUAUGCUCAGUCCAUCGCAGAUGCCCGGCUCGUGUUUGAAAUGGGCACCGAGCUGGGUCACAAGAUGCACGUUCUGGACCUUGGUGGUGGCUUCCCUGGCACAGAAGGGGCCAAAGUGAGAUUUGAAGAGAUUGCUUCCGUGAUCAACUCAGCCUUGGACCUGUACUUCCCAGAGGGCUGUGGCGUGGACAUCUUUGCUGAGCUGGGGCGCUACUACGUGACCUCGGCCUUCACUGUGGCAGUCAGCAUCAUUGCCAAGAAGGAGGUUCUGCUAGACCAGCCUGGCAGGGAGGAGGAAAAUGGUUCCACCUCCAAGACCAUCGUGUACCACCUUGAUGAGGGCGUGUAUGGGAUCUUCAACUCAGUCCUGUUUGACAACAUCUGCCCUACCCCCAUCCUGCAGAAGAAACCAUCCACGGAGCAGCCCCUGUACAGCAGCAGCCUGUGGGGCCCGGCGGUUGAUGGCUGUGAUUGCGUGGCUGAGGGCCUGUGGCUGCCGCAACUACACGUAGGGGACUGGCUGGUCUUUGACAACAUGGGCGCCUACACUGUGGGCAUGGGUUCCCCCUUUGGGGGGACCCAGGCCUGCCACAUCACCUAUGCCAUGUCCCGGGUGGCCUGGGAAGCGCUGCGAAGGCAGCUGAUGGCUGCAGAACAGGAGGAUGACGUGGAGGGUGUGUGCAAGCCUCUGUCCUGCGGCUGGGAGAUCACAGACACCCUGUGCGUGGGCCCUGUCUUCACCCCAGCGAGCAUCAUGUGAGUGGGCCUCGUUCCCCCCCGGAGAAUCCCAGCGGGGCCUCAGAGAUGCAUCUGGGAGAGGUGGGGAAGAUGGCAGGCAAGGGUACCCUUGGCCAGGACUCUGGUGCCCACCCUGCCACCCCCGCGCUCCACCUGCAGUGUUUCUGCCCUGUAAAUAGGACCAGUCUUACACUCGCUGUAGUUCAAGUAUGCAACAUAAAUCCUGUUCCUUCCAGCUGUGUCUGCCUCCUCUGCAGUGCAAGGGGCCUGGUCAGCCAGGUGUGGGGGUGUUCUUGGGGUCUCCUUUGGUCUCCUUCCCACCUUUGUAAAUAUAAUGCAAAUAAAUAAAUAUUUAGGUUUUUAAAAACUGCAGCGGAAUCUGGCAGUUUGAUUCACAAAGCAGCCUGGGCUAGGCCUGGGGCAGGAUUUCCCCAUCACGCACUGAUGAGCCCACACCCUCUGUUUUAGUCCUGAGCCCUGGCUGCAGCGUGUGCCUCCCCCACUAGUACUCACCUUAUCUGACUCAUCUCUCUCCUCCUCAUGGGCCUCCAGGCCUGGUGCCAUAAGGAAGGGGCUGCUGUCAGAGACUGAGAUGGGCAGUUACGUAGCUCAUAACUGGUGAACGGCCUUUGUGUCAGCCCAACACCCAGCUUAAGGCCUGGCCCAGAGUAGGGGCAAUGGAGUAUUUAACACAGCUGUGGAAAUUCAUACUGAAGAUACAGAGCCAAGAAAUGGGUGUGUGGGAGGUUUUGAGUGGACCCUGCACCCUUGCUCUCCCUGCAGGUUGGCAAGGCAGUCAGAGUAAAGCAGACACCUGGUGGUCGCUUUUGCUUCUUUGGGCAGUGCCUGUUAGAACAGGGCUGGCCACGGAGUAUUGCUGUGUCCAGUGCCGACAGCCCUGGCAUCCCCUGAGACUGGCAGUGCUUAUCAGGACAAAGGCUCCUUCACACUGCCGGGUUCCCAAAUUAUGCCCCCGGGGUGUGUGAGCUGUUGAGCAAAGGAGUUCAGAUUUUAGAGUCCCCCUCAGUGGCUGCAGGGGACUCUAAAUAUUUUUCUGCUGCAAUUAAAAGAUUUGAGAUGUAAUUCAUAUGCAAUCAUCAAAUUCACCCUUUUAAAUGCAGAAGCCUGGGUGCAGUGGCUCACACCUGUAAUCCCAGCACUUUGGGAGGCUGAGGCAGGUGAUCACCUGAGGUCAGGAGUUCGAGACCAGCCUGGCCAACAUGGCAAAACCCCGUCUCUACUAAAAAUACAAAAAUUAGCUGGGUGUGGUGGUAUGUGCCUGUAAUUCCAGCUACUCAGGAGGCUGAGGCAGGAGAAUCACUUGAACAGGGAGGUGGAGGUUGCAGUGAGCCGAGGUUGCAGUGAGCUGAGAUUGCACCACUGCACUCCAGCCUGGGCAACUGAGCGAGACCCUGUCUCAAAUAAAGAAAUAAAUAAAGUGGAGAAGUUAGUGGUUUCUGGUGUAUUCAGUUGUGUAACCAUCACCCUAGAAAGAAAUCCCAUACCCAUUAGCAGUCACUCUCCAUUUUUCCCAUUCCCCAGUCCCUGAUGACACAAAUCUACCUUCCAUCUCUAUGGAUUUGCUUAUUCUGGACAUUGUAUUGUGAUGGAUUUUCUAUCUUCACUUGAGCUUCUCUCUAGGUAAGCCUGGCCAUCCUGCUUCAGUAUCUCAGCCAGUCCUGGUGGGAACUGUACGUGGCUUUGAGGUCAUCUCAUGAGGCAAUGUGGCAUGGGUUUGGAGUGAAUGAGGUGCUUUCUCAAAACCAGGGGUGUCUCCCUUUUCCAGGUGGGAUCUAGUUUUUGGUAUCUUGACAAUAAAUAGGCUGAAAGCUUGGGACAUCAAAAGACUCAGGGCAAUCAGAAAGGGUUACUCUACUACCCCGUGAUCCACCAAAGCCACGAUUUACAGGUAUUACCAUGCCUGUAAUUGUCUAUCAGACUGAGACUUCUUCCAUCUCAGAUCUCCAAGCACUCAUACUUCUUUUGCGGGGAGGGACAUAGGUUUUCUGCUGGAACCAGGCAUCUGCUGUGAAAAGCGCAGGAAUCCUGGGAAGAUCUCAUGGCUGGCUACAGUGAGACCCAGGUGUAGCUGAUUCCCUCUUCUGAGCAAGUCCACUGAGGGGGCAUUCUGUGGCUUUUGAAAUGACAGUGGCUGUCAUGGAGUUUGAAUGGAUUUCUCACUGGAGCCUUUCUAGUGUUUCAUGUUCCAUUUGCAGCAAGGAUGUGAAAUUUACUUUUCCAAGAAAGAUACACGCAGAACUUGAUGUGGCUUACUUGAGGAUAAUAGUUAAUAGUCAUUUUUUCCCAGUUAUUUGUUUUUGUUUCUUAUUUCAAUCUUUUUCUAAAGAGAAGAAAAAAGCCUGAAAUGUGGAGAACGGUAAGGGGCUUCAGGCUUGUGCAGGCGAAUCUAAGCAGGGGUCUCCUGGACCCCUGGCUGCAUGGGCACUGCCUCCUCCAAGCUCCCUGCUGAGCGACCCACUGGUAGUGGCUCCUCAUGCCUCCUGGUUGCCUUGGAAGUCAGAUGUUCCUGUUGGCCUCUCACAGACCCAUCCUUCCCUGGGGCAUCACCUGAGGAACAUCCUCUUCCCAAUGCCUCCCUACAACCCACCUGUGCCUCCUGAAGCCCCUCCUGUGCGCACACUCACUCUCUCUCAUUCUCUCCCUCAAGGAGUUAACAGAUCUGAGCUUCCAUCUUCUCAUACUCAGGACUGGCCCCUUCUUCCCCUUUCCCCUCCACAGUCCGUCCUCCACUCAGCAGCCAGAUGCCGUACCUCCUGGGAUUCCGUUUCACCAAGAAUGAAAUUUAAAGUCCUUGGCCAGCUGGCUCUCUGACUCCCACACUUCCCUCUCAUGCACUGGGUCCUGGCCACACUGGCCUCCUCUCUGUUCUUCAAACACUCCACUGCUGGGCAUGCAUUUACUGUCCCCUCUCUAGAAUGAUCUUCCUGGGUUAUCUGUGGGCCUCACUCACUUCAUUCAGGUUCUGUGCAAAUGUUUUCUUUAGGUGAAGCCUUCUGGAUCACCCUUUAGAAAAUAGCAUGUCCCAGUCUCUCUCUUUUCUCUUAACUAGUUUUCUUUUUCUUCAUAGUACCUACCACCACUCAACAUACUCUAUAACUCCAUAAUGUGUUCCAUAACACAAGGGCAACUGUCAGCCCUUCUAGAAUGUGAGCUCUAGGCUCUUGGAAUAAACCUGAUGUAUUUUUUCACUGCUGUGUCCUUAUUACCUAGAACGGAGUAGGUGUUCAAAAAGUAUAUGCUGGAUGGGCAAAUGAAUAAACAUGUCUGAAUCUGUCUGAAUAAACAUGCUCUUAAUCUGUC